GUUCUAUCCUUAGGGGCCGAUGUUCUACCAGAAUAUAAACUCCAGACACCUCGCAUCAACAAGUUUACUAUAUUGCACUACAGUCCUUUCAAAGCCGUCUGGGACUGGCUCAUUUUGUUGCUGGUCAUAUACACUGCCAUAUUCACCCCCUACUCUGCUGCCUUCCUUCUGAACGACAGUGAGGAUCGGAAGAGGAGAGAGUGUGGAUAUUCCUGCAGCCCACUGAAUGUUGUAGACUUAAUUGUGGAUAUUAUGUUUAUCAUUGACAUUCUAAUAAACUUCAGAACAACAUAUGUAAACCAGAAUGAAGAAGUGGUAAGUGAUCCAGCAAAAAUAGCAAUUCACUACUUCAAAGGCUGGUUCCUAAUUGACAUGGUUGCUGCAAUACCUUUUGACCUGCUGAUUUUUGGCUCUGGCUCUGAAGAGACAACCACAUUAAUAGGCCUUCUGAAGACAGCUAGACUGCUGCGCUUGGUGAGGGUAGCACGGAAACUGGACAGAUACUCCGAAUAUGGUGCUGCAGUUCUGAUGCUCCUCAUGUGCAUAUUUGCACUAAUUGCACACUGGCUUGCUUGCAUUUGGUAUGCCAUUGGAAAUGUAGAAAGACCUUACUUGGCUCACAAGAUUGGUUGGUUGGAUUCUUUAGGAGAACAACUAGGAAAGCAUUACAAUAAGAGUGAUGCAAGCUCUGGACCAUCUAUCAAGGACAAAUAUGUUACAGCACUUUAUUUUACCUUCAGCAGUCUGACAAGUGUAGGAUUUGGAAAUGUGUCUCCAAACACCAACUCAGAGAAAAUCUUUUCCAUCUGUGUCAUGUUGAUUGGCUCAUUAAUGUACGCUAGCAUUUUUGGGAACGUAUCCGCAAUAAUCCAAAGGCUCUACUCGGGAACUGCGCGGUACCACAUGCAGAUGCUGCGAGUGAAGGAGUUCAUCCGCUUCCAUCAGAUCCCAAACCCUCUGCGGCAGCGCCUGGAGGAAUACUUCCAGCAUGCUUGGACAUACACCAAUGGCAUUGACAUGAACAUGGUCCUGAAGGGAUUUCCAGAAUGCUUACAAGCUGACAUUUGUCUGCACCUCAACCAAAAUUUGCUUCAGAAUUGCAAAGCUUUCCGGGGGGCCAGUAAAGGCUGUCUUCGAGCUUUGGCUAUGAAAUUUAAGACAACACAUGCACCUCCUGGAGACACUUUAGUGCACUGUGGAGAUGUUCUCACUGCUCUUUAUUUUGUGUCAAGAGGCUCCAUUGAAAUCCUUAAGAGUGACAUUGUUGUAGCCAUUCUUGGGAAAAAUGAUAUUUUUGGAGAGAUGGUACAUCUUUAUGCAAAACCAGGAAAGUCAAAUGCAGAUGUGAGAGCUUUAACUUACUGUGACUUACAUAAGAUCCAGAGAGAAGAUCUACUUGAAGUUUUGGAUAUGUACCCUGAAUUUUCUGAUCUCUUCCUUACCAAUCUGGAGCUAACUUUUAACCUGAGAGAUGAAACUGCAAAGUCUGACCUCGUAAUAAGAUCACAAACUACCAAUGAUACGGAUGGAGAUAACUGCAAAAUACGGAGACGGAAAUUGUCCUUCCAAAGUGAAAUAGAGAAAGAUUAUUUCAAAGAGAAUGAUCAGAGUGAUCCUGAACCAUCAGGAGACAGUACCAGAUACUAUCAGUCUAUUAAGAAACAUUUUGAGGAGAAAAAAAGCGGGUCAUCAUCUUUUGUGUCCUCCAUUGAAGAUGAGCAAAAGCCCCUGUUCUCUGGGAUAGCUGAUUACCCAUCUGUAACAGAGAAAACCACAGAGAUGGACUUGGAAGAAAUGGAUCAUGACACAGAAGAAAUUCUUAUUGACAAAAGAAGCACUUCUUGCAAAGACAUCAACAAAAGAAACUGGGAGCAGGAGAACAUCCAGGAGUACCAGGACUCCCCAGUUCAGCCAGCAUUAUCCCAUGUUACAUGGGGAAUCUGUGAAACUGAAAGUGAUUUUAUAUACGGGGAAGUGGAGAAUCGAUUAGAUUUACUUCAAGAACAACUUAACAGGCUUGAAUCCCAAAUGACUGCUGAUAUCCAAACCAUCCUGCAGCUUCUGCAAAGGCAGUCAACACUCAUUCCACCUGCCUAUAGCAUGGUGACAGCAAGUGCAGAGUAUCAAGAGCCAGAAGUCCGGGUCAUACAAAAGCUUCAGCCUGCAGCAUCAAUCAAAACAGACAGAAGUUUCAGUCCUUCAUCUCAGUGUCCUGAAAUUUCAGAUGUUGAAAAAUCAAAACUGAAAUCCAAAGAAUCCUCAAGCGGAGUGCAUCUGAGCACAGCCUCAGAAGACAACCUGGCUUCUUUUUUAGACCAAGAACGUGACCAGUCUGUAGAGCCACCCCCACAGCCUUGUAAAACUUGUCUCCCUCCAAUUAGGCACCCUUCCUUGCCAGAAUCUUCACUAAGCACUGUAGGAAUCUUGAGUCUUCAUAGGCAUGUUUCUGAUCCUGGUCUUCCUGGGAAAUAGUACUUUUAUACUAUUACUUCACAUAAAAAUGUAAGUGCUUUUAAUGGCUGUUUCUCCUUUUUUUUUUUUUUUUUUGUAUUUAAAUCCUCUAUACUUGACUCAGGGGCUACAAGGAAUAUACCAUUAUAUGCAAAAGUACUGUAUAUUUUCCUAAAUCUGAAGCUUGUAAGGUAAAGUUGAGCAGUUCUGAUGUAAAUAUAUAUAUAUAUACACACUAACUGUAUGUUCCAAAUGUAAAACUGCCAGCAUUCUCAAGGCACCUUAUAUUUUUAUUUUUUUUUAAUAACAUGCAUGUUCUGAAAUUACAGUUUACGUUGCAUGGAGAUUACCAUUUACUGCUGUCAUGGAAAUAGUAUUUUACUGUGGAUAUGUCUUCAGAGCAAAUAGGAGACCAAUAACAAUAAUUCACAUAGAAAAACUCCUACCUGACCAAGCUAAAAUUCAAGAAAAACGCUCUUCUAGCUCACUUUUGAAACUUGAUUUAUCUUUCUUGUAGUGAGCUUUUUCUACUACAUCACAAUGAGUCUGAAUCUGAAGAAAGAAUAGGAUAACCAAAUCUUCUGAGUUUGAAACAAUUAGGACAGAGAACACAGCCUCCUUUCAAACUAGUUAAAGUAGGGUAGUAUUUUAACAGAGAGGAAAACUGCCAUAUGGUGCAAAGUAUCACCAUAGGUCACAUCCACAAACUGCAUUAAAUUGAAUCAUUUGUUUUCAUCACAUUUUGGGUUUUGAUUUUUGUACUGUUAUUUUUUAAAUUGCAUCAUAGAAUUCAGGUGUGAUGAGCAGACAGGUGCUCUUCAUCUGUCACACAAACAUAAUCAAAUGCAAUAAACCUAAUUUCUAUGUAAUGCAGAAGACUAUGUUCCUUUUGUUCAAUACAAAUUAUUAACAAUGUUUUAAUUUAAAAAUAUUUUACACAUUUUUGUUUUAUAAUUAUUAGGGUGGCUGUUUGCAGUUACCUCUUUGUACUGACUGGCCCCUCUACAAUGCUCACACACACACUCACACCCCACAGGUGCUGUGGAUGUGUGCAUGUGUGUAUUUUAUAGCUGUACAUAGGUGUGUAUGUAUGUGUAUGUGUAUAUAUAUUUAUAUACACACAUACACACAAGUGUGUGUAUAUACCUACACUUACAUGUAGGAGUAUAGAUAUAGAGCUAUAUAUAUAUAUAUGUAUAUAUGUAAAAUCACUUUCAGGAACAAUUGUAAACUUUCUUAUUACAAAAUGAGUAAGCUUAGCUUGUGUCCAAAGCUGACUACAUUAGAAUAAAAUGAUCUAAGGUCUGUAGGCUUUAAAUACAGUAUGUACUGUAUGUGCAUAAUGCUUUGUGAAUACUUAGAUUUAAUUUUAUUAAAAUAUUAUUCUGCUUCAAAUGUUGUGUUUCUUUUAGAAGGAAAUUAUGCUUUUAUUACUGCUUUCAAAUAUUUUUACAUAUCCAUUAUGAUUUUCUAAUCUUAUAGUUCUAAUGUGAAAUUCCUCUCGCAUGAGUACUGUUUACAGAAAAGCACGUCAUCCAGUUAGAGUGGGAGCACAUAAAUUUUACCUAUAACCAAGCUAAACCCCCUGUCCAAAAUCAGUGCUACAGAGAGAUGCAAUAGUGACUGUCCCUCACAUAGAUACAUUCUUUGUAUGUUGGGGUCAGAAUCAAACGUGACACUUCAGUCAUACACAGCUGGUAGAUAAACCCAAGGUGGGUAAAUCUUUCCUCAUUUAAAAUUAGUGUGAGUGUUAAGCUACUGAGCAUGGCUCUGCUUUACCUUUGUUUUUAAGGAUACCAAAAUAAAUUAAGUCAAUACCUUUGUCACUCAAAAGAUAAACCAACCCUUCCCAUGCAAGAUCAAAUUUUCUACUGCCUCAUACUGCUCUUGUUUGUUGAAAGGUCCAAAUGGUAAAACAGGCUGACUGUUCUACCACGAUGACAGGAGAGCUGAACUGCUCUGUGCCUUGCAGGGUCAGAUCCUAGUAUCAGGAAAAUUAAUCCACAAAUGCCAGAGGUUUAUGUCCCAAAAGGAGACAGAGGACUCCUGCAACUUGAUUAGAAUAAAGGGAAGGAGAGUCCCUGGGGCACACGCCUGUGGGGUUUUCUCUCCGUUUCGGAGGUGCAGCCUCCUUUUAUCCUGGACUCCCGGCCACACGUUGCCCCCUUCCUUACCCUGCUGGCUGAGGUACUAGGAAGGUACAGCCUUCCCAAACUCCCUACCACAUAUCCCCCCUUGAACCUGUCAUUUUACCCUCAUGUUCAGGCUUGUGUAGACCCUUGCCUGUUUCAGGAGCAAAGCUGUCUGGGCUCUGCAACAAACUCGCUGCUUGAGGUUAGUAAAGACAUUGAGACCCAUUUCAAAGGCCUUACCACCCAUACCCUCACCCGUGGAAUUGUUUGUGAAGACAUUAGCACACAUCUUUCCUCCCACUAGGGACCAGUCAUAAACUUUACCUGCAUAUACUUCAGUGGAAACGAGUGUUGGAUAACAAAUACCUUCUGUGAGGUUUUGUUGUUUGGGUUUUUUUAAAUAGCAAGUGUUAAGGACUUCUCCUCUAUCUCAGCCUGGUAACACUCAUGUCUGUUGCAAGAAACAAGUUAGCACAUUUUCUAAAAAGGCAUUUGUUAUGCUGCUUUCUAAAAAG